GUGAACAGCGGUACGAGUCGCAAGAAUCUUGUUCCGACUAAGAUCAUCAGUCUCCAACCUCUCCAACAUGAAAGCCGCCGUGUUAUUGAUCGUCGCUGUGGCGACACUAGCUUCAGCGCAAGAAGCAGUCAGCAGCCCCCAGCGCGUUGGACUAAGUAAUUUACUGGGCGAAUUGGGAGGUUUAUUAGACGGACUGUUAGGUCUUGAUGGUAAUCUUAAAGUUGGCGGAGGUAGCCUGCUUGACGCCAAUAUCAAAACAACGAUUGGCAGAAAGAAGCGUGGUCUCUUGGGCGGUCUCUUAGGAGCUACCGACAACCUUUUAACUGGAGCAAAAAAAGGUAAUUUGGACGAACCUGCUACCGACAACCUUUUAACUGGAGCAAAAGAAGGUAAUUUGGACGAAUCUGCUAAAGACGACCUUGUAUCUGGAGCAAAACAAGUUGCAGAUGAUGUUGCAAACGGAUUAUCCAACGGUAUACAAGUCGGUGCCAGUGUGAAAGUUGGCGGAGACAGCUUAAUUUCAGCCAAUAUCAACACAAGCGUUGGCAAAAAUAAGCAAGAAGCGGCGCAAGACGAUGCUGCUGCUGAUCAAGCAGAAACGAGCGACGCUCAGGAUGCCACGCAAGACGAUACAGCCGCUGAUACAGCACAAACAAGCGAUUCUCAAGAUGCCGUUCAAGAUGAUGCUGCUGCGGAAGAAAGCAACGCUCAGGAUGCCGCGGAAGACAGUAGCUCUUCUAAUGACGCAGCCAGUGCUGAUACCGUCGACGCAACUGCCUAA